ACUCUAAACUGAGGCAGGGGGAAAACAAAAAAUGAAGGGUCGUCUUAAUUUGGAGCAAGCAAGUCACACAGCCAGGCGCGGCGAAUUGCGCGAAUCGACUCUGAGUUGCGGCGAGAGCGAAUAACGGACAACACUGUGGCAUUGGCAAUGGCAGCGCUUGUCGCCCGCCUUCACUUUAGUGUGCGAGUCGCGAUAAACGCGAGCGAAACGGGCGGCGCAACUGAAAUCGCGUACCGACUAGCCUAGACACGCACACCACCACACACCAGCGCGUAUACGUAUACGGGCGAGAGAGCGCAUGCUCUCCGCCACACACACGCGGUCAACGUUUUCUCCGCUUUGUGGCGCCGCGCAAGUUUUGUCGCAGCAGCAAACACGCAAUAAAAGUUCAAAAACAGUUGAAGUAUACCGCGACGCGAGUAAAAAUCUUUCCUUCGACGUCGUCGCUGUUCGUUGUAGUAGUUGUUGUUGUUGCUGCUGCUGCUUUACGUUUUUAUAGUGUUCCGUUCCGCGAAUUUUCAUGUGCAUUUAUGUAGAUAUACAUGUAUAUCUGCAUAUAUGACUGGCCAAAAGGUAAAACAACGGAAACAAAUGAUAACAGAAUACAAAUUGUUGUUAACAAUGUGCCAAAUAUAAAGGCAAAAAACCCGCCCUCCCCGUAGUUCGAUCGCUUUUUGUUUAAAUUAAUCUGCAUAUCAUGGUGUGCGGCGGCUGCAUUUCAUUUAUUUUCGCUCGCUGAAGAAUAUCUUGCUUGCUCCAAAGAAUUAACAAAAAAAAAUAUUUGCGUUUGCGUCGACGGCAUUGUUAUUUCAUUCUCCACCACUAAAUUUUCCCAUCUAUUGCCAAAGCUACCUUAACCUGAACGUCGCGUCCUGCGAGGAGCACCUGCGUCAUAACCACGGUGCCCAGGACAUCGAGCCAAAAAAAAUCAAUGCGAUUGCAGAGAUCAAAAACAGGUGCAAGCUCCCCGACAGGAGCAAGUAUUAGAAACAAACCUUCAACAAAGUAAUGGCGCACUGCACCCAGAAAGGAUUUGAAAUGGAAUUUUCUUACGGUAACUGCCAACGGACAUUGAAACGCAAAAGAAAGAAGUUUGAAAAACUGAAGAAUCAGUGAAAAAGACUUGUGCGUCGACUGCGAUUUUUGACCCCCAGGUUGGAGCUAAGAAUUCCAAGAGCAAGGUGUUUUUGGGACCAAAAUCGUGCAGAUGAUUUCCAUGAAGUGACAAAAUCAACAACCUUAUCUAUAAUCGAAUGUAUCUAUUUUACGUAUAAGCCAGAACUGAAUGUACGCUAUUAUUGUUAUCAAACAUAAGAAAGAAUCGCACCAAUUGCUUUCAAUUGUACAAAAUAGACAUUUCUUUGUUACAUAUUUACCAAUAAUUCUAAGAGCAGGAGGACUUUUGUCUUUGACUUUACAAAGAAUUUCAUGUUUUGAGUGUGCAUAUUAAAUAUGUGGAUUUUACAUCAAAAUAAAUGAUCGCUGUGUUUACGCACCGAUUAAAUACGUUUAAGAAAUGCA